AUGGAGGAUAUGGAGAAAAGGUUGGAGAAGCAACAGCUGUGCUGGAAUGCGAUCAAUAUGGAUGAUAGUUGUGAUGAAAUGGAUUGGGAGGAUAAGGAUCAAGGACCUGAAUGGUCUGUAGUGGAGAGUAAUAGGAAAAAGAGAGACUAUGCUACUGAAAAUAGUGGUGCUUGUAGCGAUGACGGCGCGAAGAGGGUGGAGGUUGCUGGAUCGAAUCCCCGAGCUGACAAGGUAAAAGGGUUGCGGGUAACUGUACCCACGGAGGCUCCCCCAAUGAUCUUUGCCACCCCCACCAAAUAUGUGUCAGAGGCAGGGAACAUGGUGGAGUACCUGGGACACAACAAAGUCCCUGACCUACAAAAACUCUUCCAGAAGUCUGAUGGUGUCCCUGUGCACCUGAAGGGAGCCCUGAUGGACAAGAUGCUGUACAGGACUACCAUGGGCCUGACCAUCGGCGGGAUCCUCUACUGCCUGAUGGCUCUCUACAUCGCUGCCCAGCAUCGGAAGUGA